AAAUAGAGCAAGUAUUUGAAAAUGGAGGGAGUAGUUAUUAAUAAGUGUGAAUUGAGAUAAACAACAGUUACAUGCAAGUACUAUCCCAAAAACUUUCACUCAAUUAGUUAGAUGUGUAUGAUUAGCUAGGUUGAAACCCUAAUAAAUUAGAGUCUACCAGACUUUAAAUUUCAUAAUUGAUGAAUGCAUCGUCACAAGUAAAAAAGAGUAAUUUUAAGUCACUAUAAUACCAGUUUGAUAUAUACUAAGUAUGUUUUUUUUUUUAACUAACUCAUAGCCGAUUAGAAUCCACACAAAAUCGAAUAUAUAAGCAAAUGUGAUAGUCUUAUUCAAAUUAUGGUAAUUGGAUUUAAAAAUUCACAAAUUUUUAUAUGUGGCUGGCCACAUGGUGCGACAGGGGUUAUUUGUAGGGUGUUACUGGUUUGGUCAAUGAUUACCUGUAAAGUGUAACUGGUUUGGUUAAGGGUUACUUGUAAGGUGUUACUAGUUUUGGUCAGGGGUUACUUGUAAGGUGUUACUGGUUUAAUAUGAGGUUACUUGUAGGGGGUUACUCGUUCGGUCAGAUAGUUACUUAUUUUGGUGUUAUUUGUUCGAUCAGGAGGUUACUUGUAGUAGGUUAUUCAUUUGGUCAGGGAUUACUUAUUCUUGAAUUAUUACUUAUAUUGGGGUUACUUGUUUGGUCAACGGUAAAUUAUAGGGCUAAUUAUUUAUUCAAGAGUUACUCGGUCCGUCAUGGAUUACUCUCACACGGGAUUCGCGCUAAGCGACUGACUAAGUAACUCCUACCAGUAACUCUUAAAUACGUAACCUCUAAAAAUAACCCUUGAAUAGGUAACCCUUUAAGUAACCCAUAUAAGUAACCCUUGAAAAAAAAUACAAGUACUCCAUGAAUGAAUAACCCAUACAAGUAACCCAGGACAAAGCCAAUAACCCCUAUCACAUGGUGUGGCCUGCCGCACUGAAAAUCCCCCUUAAACAAUAUGUUACAUCUCACUAUAAAUAGUCUUGCUUAGUUGCAUGGUGAACACAUGAACAAUUAGCCAAAAAAAAAAAAAAGUUUACUACAAUUACGAAUUUUCAAAACAAAAUGUUAGUCCUCUUACUUCUUUUGGCAGCUCUUUCUAUCAUCUUUCUUGUAAUACUUUCAAAAAAUGGUAAAAAACAACGAUUUCGCCGUCCUCCUGGACCAAAAGGGCUUCCCUUAAUUGGAAACCUCCACCAAUUUGAACCCUUAAACACUCACGUCUACUAUUCCAAACUAGGCAAGACCUAUGGCCCAAUUUUCGCGCUCCGGCUAAUGAGUAAACCUAUGGUUGUCAUACAAUCGGCAAAGUUAGCCCAAGAGGUCUUUCAAACGCAAGAUAAGAAUUUUUGUAAUAGACCAUUCACGGUCGGAAGAAAAAGGUUAAGUUACGAUGGGUUAGACGUAGCCCUUAGUCCAUAUAGUGAUUAUUCAAAAGAGAUGAAGAAGAUACUAAUUGUCCAUCUUCUAAGCUCGAAGAAGGUCAAUUUGUUCGCUUCAAUACGCCAUGAUGAAGUCUCAAGGCUGAUUCAAGAGGUUUCUUCUCUAUCUUCUGCUUCUAAAGUCGUCAAUUUGAGUCAAUUGAUUCUCAAUUAUGCAAGCUCAACUUCUAGCAGGAUCAUGUUUGGCAAGAGAUACAGCGACAAAGAAGAGUUAGGAAGCAGAUACCAUAGCCUUCUAUCCGAAAUCCAAACGAUGUUCGCAGCCUUCUUCUAUAGUGAUCAUUUUCCUCUUGGGGGUGUGCUUGAUAAACUAAGUGGACAAUCCUCUAAGCUUGAGAAGACCUUUAAUGGCUUAGAUUCGGUUUAUGAAAAAAUUAUUAACGACCAUCUAAACAAAAACAAGCUUGAAUCGGAGCAAGAAGAUAUAGUUGAUGUUCUUCUCCGCCUCAUGAAUGAUACUUCAUUUGCAUAUAAGCUCACAAUGAACCAUAUUAAAGCAAUUUUAAUGAAUCUUUUUAGUGGAGGAGCAAAUACCACAACAGCUGGGGUAAUUUGGGCGCUUACAGAGCUAAUAAAGAACCCCGUUCCAAUGAAAAAAGUACAAGAAGAGCUAAGGAGCACCGUACAAAAUAAAGGUUUUAUAUUAGAAGGCGAUCUCCCAAAGCUUGAAUACUUCAAAGCAGUAGUGAAAGAAACAUGUAGGCUACACCCACCGUCCCCAUUACUUAUUCCACGUGAAACUGUUUGUAAAAGCAUUAUUGAAGGAUAUGACAUUUUACCGAAUACUAUAGUAAUUCUUAAUGCAUGGGCUAUUGGACGAGACCCAAAAUAUUGGAAAGACCCGGAAAUAUUUAUGCCAGAGAGAUUUAUAGGGAGUUCAAUGGAUUUGAAAGGGAAGGUAGCAAUGUCAAUGAUUCAUUUCGGGGGUGGAAGAAGAAUGUGCCCUGCCGCGAAUUUUGGUCUAGCAAGCCUUGAGCUUGUGUUGGCCAAUUUGUUGUAUUCUUUUGAUUGGGAAUUGCCUGAUGGUUUAAACAUGGAAGACAUUGACGACACCAAUGUGCUCCCUGGUCUUAUUAUGCAUAAGAAACAACAACUUUGCUUGAUAGCAAAGUAAUUCUAAGGGCAAAGAUAUUGAAAUCAUACAUGCAUGUUUCAUUCAAUCUCUUGUCUCUCAUCUAUCAUCUUCCCUUCUUUUGACUGUUGUUAAAAAAAAAAAAAAAAAAAAAAAAAUCCAUCAUCUUAGAUUUAAUUCUGUGAUUAAGGCUAUGUAACGUACUAUGGACAAAGUAUUAUGUAAAAUAUCUUACGCAAGUUUGUGGAUGUGGUUUAAUUCUUUGAUUAAGGCUAUGUAUUAUGGUCUAAGGCAAAGUAUUAUGUAAAAAUAAUCCAUCAUCUUAGUUUUAAAUCUUUGAUUAUGGCCCUGUUUGGUUUGAUGUAAAAUGUUUUCAUGCAAUAUGAAUUUUCCAUUUUUUUCCCAUUUUCCUUUGUUUGGUUUGUUAAGGGGUGGAAAACAAUAUUUCCAAGGGUGGAAAAUUCCAUCCUUAAUGAUGGAAAAUAUUUUCCUUCCCAAAAUAAGGGAAGCCGCAUUUUUCUCCCUUCUCCUUACCUCCUUUUUUUUUUUUACUUUCCUCUCAUUCAUCCUUACAUUCCCACUCUUAUUUUUUAUU